AUGACGACUGUAACAUCUUCAAUAAAUAACAAGAAUCAACAAUUUGGAUAUAAUGCAAUAAUCGACGACAUUCAAACCUCAUAUAAGAAUGCAGCUGUGCUCUCAAUCGAUGACUUUGUCCAGUCAGAAGAUAUUGAAUUACCUACUACUGGUCAUAAACAGAACCUUUACAAUGAAUUCCCCAAAGAGCUGUUAAAGUUACUGCCAGAAUCAAUGCCCGUACCACAAGAGACUCAUGAGCUGGUAUGUGCUUAUUUGCAACAGAUUAAAGAAUUGCCGAAUCUACAAUCGCAAGCCGCUCAAGCUCUUGAGAUUGUGCAGAAUACACAGGUUAUUCUAUCCCAAACAACAAAUUCAAUUGAUGCAUCAUCCCCAUCUGAUGAUGCGUAA